UCCUACACGGCUCCCGGGUGCUCCUCCGGUCUACGGACCGUUUACGAGUUUUUCAUACUCCGACUCCUGGCGCUGGCGACAACACCAGCAGAAAGCUUUGAAAACUAAACUUGUUUUUCACUACUGACGCUUUUUAUUAUAUUAGUGAGCUAGUGUCAAAACGAGAAGCCGGUUGCGUUCUAACCUCAUCUCGCUGCACCGUAUCAUUAACCAGAAAUGGACAGUGAUGACUCUGACUAUGCCCCUGCAACAGCAUUCCCCGUCAGUCGCAUAAAUGAAAGCGACAUUGAUUUGAACGUUCUACCUUCGAAUGGAAUGGAGUACCUUCAGAGAGUAAUGCUAGAAGCUAAACGUUGUGACCGUGUUGUCACAGCUCAACCCCCUUUGUCCAGUAAUCCUCAACCCUCCUUAAGUGAGGAAGAGAAAGAAGUUUCACCAUUAGCUCCAAGCAUAGAGUGGCAAGAAAAACAGGUGUUUGAAUUUUCUAAAUUGCGUCAAAAAAUGGCCAAGAGGAAAGCUUGCCGUCAUCCUGGGCCUCAGAUAUCUUUGCCUUCCUUAGCAGACAAGAAAGGAUGGGAACUUCUUUGUUUUGGUCCCAAGUGUGAUGGAGUUGAUGACAGUGGAAGUCCACCACUCCUCAGUAUAUUAGUCAACAUGGGUCAGCCUAUGGUAGACACACUUUUGAAUUGGCAUAGUCAAUGGAUAGAAGAAUGUAAUCAUAUGACUCAUCGUCAUGGACAAUGGAUAUUUGCCUUGCUGUCUUGUUUGGAACUACCUCUACACCCCGAUACCUGUAGCACUAUCAGAUUUAUUGCUCGCACUUGCCAGCAAAUACGAAACAUUAUGGUUGACCCUGAUGCAACUGAGCUUGCAGCUGUUAACUUAUUGAUCUGUCUUGUAGGACGAUAUUUUAGCCAAAUGGAUCUCGCUGAUUAGCAAAUCUUAAUCAAUUUUACUGAUGCAAUAUUUUAAGGUAUUAUGAACUGUCUUGUAAAUCUUUAUUGCCUAUUUAUUUUACUGUAUGAAUUAUGAAUUAUGAAAUGCUGACGGAGAAAGUUUUUAAAUUA